AUGGCUGAGAACAAAACCCAAUGUAUGGUCUUCUCCAAUAAGAAGAAACAGACGACCCACCCUAGGCUGACACUGAACAACGUUCCUCUCAGAGAAACAACAUGCCUCAAAAUUCUUGGGAUGUACUUCGACAGUAAACUCAGAUGGAAUAUACAUAUUGACCACUUGAAACAUAAAUGUCAUCAGAAACUUGCUAUCAUACGAUCUCUCGCAUCAAAAAACUGGGGAGCUGAUAAAACACCCUUCUAA